UGACAUGUCUUGUCUUCGAUACCUGCAGAUAUUCUUUCGACCUGUGUAACGACCCCUCACGGCGAUCUUGUGCAUACAGCCGUUUCUGGCGAUCACCCCUCGUCCCCUUAAUCGCAACGAUCCGUUCCUUCCAUACCGAUCUCCUUGUUUGGAACCGUUUUCUGUCUAAACAAACCGAGUCCAAGAAGUCGUCAGCUGCCAGUCGCUCUUGCCAACUCUACAUAAUUCCAGGACCAUCUCUCAACAGAAGGCGUCGCAUCACAUAAGACUUAGUUCGGUGGAACAGGUGUUUAGCAGGCGCUGGCUGUACUGCUUCGAAGGUCAUGAACGGGCUGGACCUGUUGUGCAUUAACCGUUUCUGCGGCCUUUCAUAGUAACGACGAAGAUAACAACAAUCCACCACGCAGCAUGGCAACUGCAUACCAGCCUACCCCGCGUUGGGAGCAAUCGGUUCCCAUGGGCCAUGAGAACCUCCCUCUGGCCAACCAGGCUUUAUUCGACCCUUCGUAUGCAUUCGAUCCUAGCCAAACUCCUCGCGACUCCUCGAACUACACGCCUCGUCGACCCUCUCAACACGCCGCUACUCUCGAUGUCGACACAUACCAACUGGAUCAGAUCAAGCGCGACAGUGGGAGGAGUGUGAGGAAAGGAAGCAGUGCCUCGCGUGGCUCGAGUCCUCAGAAAGCCACGAUGUCACACAUACGCCGACCCUCGACAUCACACAGUCGACCUUCAGCACCAAUCGCUAUACCUCGCGCCGAAUCUGUACCUACCAUCGACCCGGACCCAGAAAGAUCAGCCUGGAUCCACCGCGACAAACUUGCUCGGAUAGAAAGUCAGGAAAUGGCUGCUGCGGGCUUUGGUAUGCCUCGAACAACUCAGCGUCGACAGAGUCGAUCUGACAGUCGUUCUGCGAGUCGCUCAGCCAGUCGGAAUCCCAACGCACGCGGCCAAUCAACUGACCGUCAUACAAAUCAGCUCGCCUUUACCGAGGAUGCUGCCACUCCCAGAGUUCCUAAGUUCGAGGAACAGAGUGGUGAAGGCGCAAACCAGGACCAGGACUCUGAUGAUUACGAGGAACGACUACAAGAAGAGCCUCGUAUGGACCGCAGUAUGUACGGUCGAAGCCUUCCAAGGUCGGCCAUGUCUCGUAUACCGGUUGCAAGGGCCAGUCCUGCACCCGUUUCUCAAAGUGUCGUCGAGCGCGAUUCUCCUCUGCCUCGCAGCAUGAGUAGUCCUCUUGGAGAUAGCGCAAGCAGCAGAACUCGCAGCCGAAGUUUGGGCAAUCCCGCCAUGAUGGCUGAACCCUCGAGUACACGAUCUGCGAUACCAUCUAAGCCUAGGCCGCGCAGCUCCCAUAUGCAGGACUCGCCCAGUGCCACCGACUCGCCCUCACUAAGUCAGCGUACGACGCAAUCAUUGACAGCGGUAUCGAGGGCGAAGGCGAUGAACAAGGCCGCAACAGGUUCUGUGGGUAGAAAGACAGUCCCUCGAACAACUUCGAAGGCCAGGAAUCCAUCCAAUUCUCCCAAAGACAGCCCAGCUAGGAGGCCCACAUCUGGAUCCACCAGGUCCCGACCAACUUCGAUUCAUAACCGACCAGAGGGAGAAGCGCCUUGGAUCGCAACCAUGUACAAACCCGAUCCAAUGCUACCACCGGAUCAGCAAAUACUUCCCACUCACGCAAAACGCACAAUGCAGGGCGGAUCGGAUGAUGAGAAGGAAAAAUCUUUCCCUGUGAACAUCGACUCGUUGAGUGACGAAGAAUUGGCUAGAAUGGGAGCUCUGCCACCCCCUGGCUCGAACAAACAGCCGGAUACGACCCCCUCUAUCCAGCAAGCCCAAAAUCCUACACAGCCACCGUGGCCACUGGCAAGUACCAAAAGCGAUGCAAAGAGCCAGACUGGAAGUGCAAGGGCUCCCAACGGCGGGUAUACGAUUACUCCAAGGAUCGCACCUCCAAUUGCACCCCCGAAGUCACCCAAACCACAGACAAAUCAAUCGGAAGCCACUCGUCCAACAAAUCCAGCUGUACAAAGAGUACCUGACCUUGACGAGAAAGAAGAUGGCAAGAAAAAGAAGAAGCUCGCAUGCUGUGUUGUCAUGUAGAGUUUAGUCAUGCAUAUACCCAACCACGCGCAUAUCGUACAGAGGAGCAAGAUGAGAAUCGCUCCUUUGUUCUAGUUUCUUGUGUUUCUUUUGUGGGAUACUGAGAAUGUUUCGCUUUCCUACGUUCUUUGCAGUGUUUCUUUCGUUUUUCACCUUUCUCUGUUUCCUAGCGUACUAGCAAGCGAGUGGCGUUCUACUUUCUCUUCGAAGCGUGGCGAGUCUUUUACUGUCGAUAUCCUGGAAGUCGUCUGUCGCUGCAUUCGGCUCCAAUCAUGCUACUGUUGCAAUUCUGCUUUGAUCCAUACAAUCCGUCCUCUUUCAAGAUUCAUACUUCAGCCACUAUGUGUAGCCUCAGUCUCUUCAGUCUGCACACUGAGAAUCAGACAUCUGUCCAGUCACGUAAAUUAGGGACCUGAAAAUGAAAAUAAUUGAGAUCCGU